AUACUCAGUUUUAGCUUGCAUGUACAUUGAAUGACUACGCCAGUAACCCUGUAUGUGUAUGACCUCAGUAAUGGACUCGCCAAAACUAUUUCACCUUUUAUCUUGGGCAGACGUAUAGAAGGACUAUGGCACACUGCAAUAGUGGUCUAUGGUAACGAGUAUUUCUUUGGAGGACACGGAAUAGCUUGUUGUGUUCCGGGGACUACGCAGCUUGGUGCGCCUUUAAAACAGGAACUUCUGGGCUUAACAGCUGUUACUCAGGAGGUAUUUGAAGACUACCUCAUAGGACACAGCAACUCAAAGUUCCAUGGUUCUUCUUAUAAUCUGCUGGAGAACAACUGCAACAAUUUUAGUGACGAGGUUGCUAAGUUUCUAGUGGGAGCAGGAAUAGACAAGGACAUAGUGUCCCUACCACAACGUGUCCUCUCCAGCCCUCUAGGACCUCUACUCAAAGGGCACCUGGAGAAGAUGAGUAACGUGGCCCCAACAGACUCCAGGAACCUCACUAAAACCACCACCAGCCCGCCAAGUAACGGCCACUGCUCCCAGGGCCAGGGUAGUAAUGCUGCUAUUAACUCGUGGGAGGGCUCCACUUCACUCUACUUCCCCUGUUUCUCUCCUGUACAGCUUACUUCUGAGGAUGUAGCUGCUCUCAAGGAGAUUGAUCCAGCUCUCCCAGCAACUAUAACACACGGUCCCCUCUCAGCGGAGGAUUUGGUGCUUAUCUGCAAGCUUUACCAGACGAACAGGCUCGUUUUCGUGCGAACUGCCGCUCUUCUAGCACACAAAUCAGGGUUUAUAAGAUUAGCACUAGCGGACCAGCAGCUGUACAAGUUAAUAAAGGAGUGCUGUGUAGGGGGAGGCGAGGAGAAGGAGUUGAAUAACGCCAGCGAGAUUCUCUGCAACAACUUCUUAUCAGGAAUGAACCAGAUUGACAGAUCUGAGGGUGAGCUGAUUAAUAUAGUGACUGUUAGGAUAGCAAAGAACACUCUUGUCGACGCUACUGUUCCCUGUGCUAGGACGGCAUACAAUUUAGCCGGGAGUCCCCUAACAGAGGACCAGAUCCUAGAGAUCGGAGGAGCUCUAAUCUUCUCCCUCCCGGACACCACGGACAAGUUGAGUAAUGUUAACGGGGACGCUGUAUCAACCUUCGAUCUGUUGUUGAAGUCCCUGUAUCUGUUGAUGAUCAAGAACAGACAAGUUGCAGACUUGUGUAGUGCUAUGGAUAAGGACAUUGCUAUUUUUAGGAGUGUUCCCCAGCUGCUGGGUAUUGUUGGGAAGAUUCUAGAGAUUCAGAGAUCGGGCUGAGAGUUGGUUUGAGUUAGGGGUGAUAUUUUGAUUUUUGUGUUAUAAUAUCUGAAUUGGGAACUUAAUGCCCACGUGCACCCUCUGCAGGUAUCAGAUAAUUUAAGACUGAAUUUAGUUGACUAUAUUCUGGAUAUAUUAUAUAAAUAUGAUAUAAAAGUUAGAUUUGUGUUGUACUAUCAUAACUUUGAAAUCGUUAAAUGUUGAUCAUUUGAAAGUUUUAUACUCUCAAUUCAAAGAAAUAUGAUAUAACUUAGUUUACUAAAUUAAUUAAUUAAAUUAUCCGUGUGUUGCCCUAAAUUUGUUAAUGCCUCAUUCUGCCCCCUCGCUUCUCUUCUAUCCUGCUAUCUCAAUCAAUACAUAGUUUAUAAAAUUACUGGAGAUAAUGUUACAUGACCUGUUCCAUAGCCUGAACCCGGAUCAGAUGGUGUCAAGAUGCAAAAAAAAAAAGGAAAAGAAAAAUAUAUUAUAUUGACAUCAGCACAGUUCGUAUUUGUCGUCAGAUUUAAGUUGGCUCUUAUAUUAGAUUCGAUUGUUGUUUUAUGUAAUGGUCGCAAAAAUGGGAAAAUAAGUCUCAUUCUUUAGUUUGAAGUUGUAAUUCUAAGUAAAAUAGUUAAUGUUCUUGAAGUUUAUCUCGAUUGUAUAUAUUGUGCAGUGGAUUCCGUAUUAUUUAUGAGUCGAAUUUGAAUAGCAAACAGUAAUAGCAAUUAG